GGCGACGGCUCGGCCAGUCUGAGGGAGGCACCCGCAGGAGUCGCAGCACCAGCCGGCUUUUACCAGCGCAGGCCUUUUUCUGUUUUUCUAGAGCGAGUCUUCCUGAAGGCGGCAGUUUGGACGGGCAGCGCAGCACCUGGGAUGUCAGCACCUGGUGUCUUCAUCUCCUGCAGGUCUCCCCUUCAGCCAGCUCCUCGUAAAGUGACAGAGGCCACCCUUGAUUGAUGUCACACGUGUCGCCAACUACCCAUCAGUUUGUGAAGGAUGGCUGGAGUGAGCAACAGCAACUGUACCGUAGGAGAUGCCAGCCACAGUGGGCGAGCCAUGAGAGUAGAGGGCAGGCCGGAGAGCAACAGACGGCGCAUUCAGCUGGCAUUUGCAGAAGAGAUCAGUCUGCCUUCUGUUUUGGUUCCUGGUCCAGCACAACAGACCGGUGUGGAGUACCACCAGGACAUCCCCCCGGACAACUGUGGUGUCACCAACCCAGGGUUCACUGCAGAGCCCCCUCCUUACUCGCCACCGGACCCAAAGAUGUGCAGUCUGCUGUACCCACCAUUUCCACCGCCUUACCCUGACCACGUCCCUCUUGUAUGCCAGCCAGGGCCCACAGACCAGCUGUUUUAUCAGCAGCAGCUGUCACCGUCGGCGGUCUACCCCUACACAAUCUACAUGAACAACUUCCCAGUCCGGUCUGAAGAAAGACGAAUACCCAAAGACUACAUGGUGGAGUCCGUCUUGGUCAUGAUCUUCUGCUGCAUGAUGACCGGCGCCGUUGCUGUCGUCUACGCCCAUGAAACUCGGACAGCCAUCAACAGAGGGGACCUGGUGCAAGCAGAACAGGCAUCUUUAAAGGCCCGCUCUCUCGUGGUAUUCAGUCUUCUCUUUGGGGUCUUCGUCUCAGCUGGCUGGAUUGUAUACGUGCUAAUUGCACUCUAUGCUCUGUAGAGGGGCUGGCGUGGACUGUGGCAUCGCUGGGGUUCUUUCUGGUGCCAGUAAGCCAAAAAAAAAA